CCAGCCCCUCUUCGUUCGGUCGCCUGACCCGGGCGCCCUACUUGGGUCCGGCAGAAGUUGGUCCAGUUAAAGGUCUUCCCUCGCCCACCUGGGCUCUCCAUUGACUGGAACACAAGGGUGGUGGAGCCAGGGACCGAGCCCCAUCCUGGGUAGCUGAGUCUGUUUGGCCGGGGCAGGCGGUGUAUGGUUUGCCUGUGGAUGCUAAGAAUGGGCCAACACAGAUUUGCAUGAUCAUGCGUUCAAAGAAAUUCUUUGGGACAGUGAGCCAGUAGGCUGGUCCAGGUAUAUCAUCUCUUUGGAGACAGUGGACUUCAUAGUUUGUGACUGUUCAGUGAGACAAAGUGGACACUACAGAAAGACCUCUCUGGGAGAACUUGGGAAAUGGAGUUCACUGAACGUAACCUGAAAGAUCUUUCCUGAAAGAAGCUCUAGGGUCACAUCACUACUCAUUCUUCAGUAUGUUUAAGGGGUAUUUCCUCCAGUGUCCAGUGCAUAUACGCACACUUUUGAGAAAUGAGAACAGAUGACUCUGAAGCUGUUGAAGUGGGUUUGAGAUCAUGAGUACAAAGAAGCUUUGUUUAGCCAAGUGAAGGUAUCUGAUGUCUGAAAUGCUGAGAAGAAAAUUUUGUUUUUGUCAUAUUUUACGCUACAGGCACCUCCUUGUGUUAUUUCUGACUUUAGUGGCCUUUUCGGUUCUAAAAAAUAACCAAAAGCCGGACUUCUUGAAUCACAGACAUCUAGAGCUGACUGGUGAAGAUCCUACCACUAAUAUUAACUGCUCUAAGAUACUGCAGGGUGAUAUAGAGGAAAUUCAAAAAGUAAAGCUUGAGAUGUUAACUGUGACAUUUAAGAAACGCCCUAAGCUAACAGCAAGUGAUUACAUUAAUAUGACAACAGAUUGUGCCUCUUUUACCAAGAUGCGGAAAUAUAUUAUGGAACCUCUCAGUAAAGAAGAAGCUGGAUUUCCAAUUGCCUAUUCAAUAGUGGUAUAUCACAAAAUAGACAUGCUUGAUAGACUUCUAAGAUCAAUCUAUGCUCCUCAGAAUUAUUACUGCAUUCAUGUUGACAAAAAGUCUCCAGAAACUUUUCUGGCAGCAGUUAAGGGAAUUGUGUCCUGUUUCAAUAAUGUCUUUAUUGCCAGCCAAUUGGAGAGUGUAGUAUAUGCUUCGUGGAGCAGGGUACAGGCAGACCUCAACUGCAUGAAAGAUCUCUACAGGAGGAGUACAAACUGGAAAUAUUUGAUAAAUCUUUGUGGUAUGGACUUUCCUAUUAAGACCAACCUGGAAAUGGUGGAGAAAUUGAGAGCCCUAAAGGGUGAAAACAGCUUAGAAACUGAGAAAAUGCCUUCCAGCAAAGAAAUACGAUGGAAAAAACACUAUGAAAUUGUUGAUGGUAAGCUAAAGAACAUGGGAAUAGACAAACAACCUCCACCUCUUAGUACACCUGUUUUCUCUGGCAGUGCCUAUUUUGUUGCUAGUAGGAGAUUUGUAGAGUAUGUGCUAGAAAACAGCAAAAUCCUUGAAUUUAUUGAAUGGGCUAAAGACACUUAUAGCCCUGAUGAAUACUUGUGGGCUACUAUUCAAAGAAUCCCUGAAGUCCCAGGGGCAGUUUCUUCUAGUGACAAGUAUGAUGUUUCUGACAUGAAUGCUCUUGCCAGAUUUGUGAAGUGGCAUUAUUUUGAAGGGGAUGUUUCAAAAGGUGCCCCCUAUCCUCCGUGCAAUGGAAUUCAUGUGCGCUCUGUGUGUGUGUUUGGUGUGGGAGACUUGAACUGGAUGUUACAGAAACACCACUUAUUUGCCAACAAGUUUGAUACUGAUGUUGACCCCUUUGCAAUUCAGUGCUUGGAAGAAUAUUUGAGAAAGAAAGCUUUGAAUCAACACAAAAAUUAAAAUGCUAUCUUGUGUAUGGUAUGACAGCUUCACACUGAUAAGGCUGUCAUGCAGAUAAAAUAUUAAGUAUGUAGUGAUGA